AGUUUUCAUACACUUUUUUUCUGUCUUCUUUAUCUUCAACACUUGCGAGAUCCCUUUUCAUGCUUCAAAUCAGCGCCCAAAAAGUCCAGAACCACAACCCCUUCUCUUGCCCUUUUUCCCAACCACCAAUAUAUCUUUUGGUGUAAAAAGAACCAUUUUUUUUUUAUUUAAUACAAGUGCCCUCUCUUUAUUUCCUUCUGCAAUUGGUUCUUGUUACAUUGGGUUUUGUUAAUGGCGUCCUCUUUGAAGAACAGGUUUUCUCUUUCUGGGUCUCUCCUCAGCUCCAGAGCUAAAGGCUCUUCUGGGGUUUCUUUGCCAUUUGUAGCUGUCCAGGUUGCAGAUUCAAGAUCAAAAGAGUUUCUUGGCAAGCCUUUGAAUAUAUCAGAUCAGAUAGGGUUCAGCAGCUGUAAUGUUAGACCUCUCUGUGUUAAUGCACAAGCAUCAAUCUGUGUUAGCAGAUCUCUGAGGUGGUGGGAAAAGACUCUUCAGCCCAACAUGAUAGAGAUCCAUUCAGCACAAGAGCUUGUGGAUACAUUGGCAAAUGCUGGGGAUAGGUUGGUCAUUGUAGACUUCUAUUCCCCUGGUUGUGGUGGUUGCAAGGCCUUGCAUCCUAAGAUCUGUCAACUGGCUGAAACAAAUCAAAAUGCCAUUUUUCUCAAGGUCAACUAUGAAGAACACAAGCCCAUGUGCCAUAGCCUCCACAUACAUGUUCUGCCAUUUUUCAGAUUCUACAGAGGAGCAGAGGGGAGGGUUUGUAGCUUCAGCUGUACUAUUGCAACUAUCAAGAAAUUGAAGGAUGCAUUAGUGAAGUAUGGGACAGAGAGAUGCUGCAGCAGCCUUGGAGCAGCAAAGGGUCUUGAGGAAUCUGAACUUUUAGCUUUAUCCUCAACUGUUAAAGUUUCAAGAAAGUCCCCAGUGGAGGAGUCUACUGUGAUGGAUAGGAUUGAGGAUUUGGUUUCAAGUUUGGGCAAAGCUGAGAACAUGGCUGGAUUAAGUGGUGAGCUGUUGGCUACAUAGAUUAAGGGAUUCAUGGAGGCUGGCAAAAGAGAAUCCAAACAUUUGAGAUUUUUUUUUUUUUCAGUAUUUUUGAAAUUUUGAUUUGUGCCUAUGAGAUGUACAUAUUAUUAAUGGGGUAUAGACCCCAUGUAAACAGGCUGGUUGUGUAUUUUUAGGAUAGAGACAUAAAGUCUUGCAGAUUUGGGCAAUUUGACGUUGUCAACCAAGAUUACAAUAUUAAUAAUUAUAAUAAUUAUUAUUUGGAUAA